AUGGAAUCGUUAGACAUGACUUCCAUGGCCGCCUCGAUCGGCGUCUCCGUCGCCGUCCUCCGUUUCCUCCUCUGCUUCGUCGCAACGAUCCCAGUCUCCUUCGCUUGGCGAUUCGUCCCGAGUCGACUCGGCAAGCACAUCUACUCUGCUGCUUCUGGAGCUUUCCUCUCUUACCUCUCCUUCGGCUUCUCCUCCAAUCUCCACUUCCUUGUUCCGAUGACGAUUGGUUACGCUUCAAUGGCGAUUUAUCGACCAUUGUCUGGAUUCAUCACUUUCUUCUUGGGUUUCGCUUAUCUCAUUGGCUGUCAUGUCUUCUAUAUGAGUGGAGAUGCUUGGAAAGAAGGAGGCAUUGACGCUACUGGAGCUUUGAUGGUGUUAACGUUGAAAGUGAUUUCGUGCUCGAUCAACUACAACGAUGGGAUGUUGAAAGAAGAAGAAACUCUCCGUGAAGCGCAGAAGAAGAACCGUUUGAUUCAAAUGCCUUCUCUCAUUGAGUACUGUGGCUAUUGCCUCUGCUGCGGAAGCCAUUUCGCUGGCCCCGUUUUCGAAAUGAAAGAUUAUCUCGAAUGGACCGAAGCUAAAGGCAUUUGGGGAAAAGGAAAGCGAGCAUCGCCAUUUGGAGCGACGGUUCGAGCUAUAUGUCAAGCAGCGGUUUGCAUGGCGCUGUAUCUCUACUUAGUGCCUCAGUUUCCGUUGACACGUUUCACCGAGCCAGUGUACCAAGAAUGGGGAUUCUGGAGGAGGUUUGGUUACCAGUACAUGGCUGGUUUCACGGCUCGUUGGAAGUAUUACUUCAUAUGGUCCAUCUCAGAGGCUUCCAUCAUCAUCUCCGGGUUAGGUUUCAGCGGUUGGACCGACGAGAAAGCUCAAACGAAGGCGAAAUGGGACCGUGCCAAGAACGUUGAUAUUUUGGGUGUUGAGCUUGCUAAGAGUGCCGUUCAGAUUCCGCUUGUGUGGAACAUUCAAGUCAGCACUUGGCUCCGUCACUAUGUGUAUGAGAGAAUUGUGAAGCCUGGGAAGAGAGCUGGUUUCUUCCAGUUGCUUGCUACGCAAACCGUUAGCGCCGUUUGGCAUGGACUGUAUCCUGGAUACAUUAUAUUCUUUGUUCAAUCUGCAUUGAUGAUCGAUGGUUCUAAAGCUAUUUACCGAUGGCAACAAGCACUGCCUCCGAAGAUGGCAAUGCUGAGAAACGUUAUGGUUUUGAUCAACUUCCUCUACACAGUUUUGGUUCUCAAUUACUCAUCCGUUGGCUUCAUGGUAUUGAGCUUACACGAAACACUCGUAGCCUUCAAGAGUGUAUAUUUCAUAGGAACAGUUAUACCAGUUAUGGUGAUUCUACUCAGCUAUGUAGUUCCUGUGAAGAAGCCUGUGAGACCAAAGACACGAAAAGAAGAAUAA